UUCUAUAAGGAGACUUGUGGUGUCUGGAAGAUUUUUCUUGAAAUGUGUGUUAUUCAUGACUCAGUAACACACACAGAGCAUGCGAAGCGAACGACAGUGACAGCGCUCAAUGUUGUUUGCACACCAAGGCGUUCAGGUGCACGCUACAUGAUUUUGGUGCAUCAGCUUGUUUACAUUGGAUCCUUGUUGUAA